AUGACUGGUGGUGGCUGCGAACGGUAUCUAACCGAUCUGCAAAAUUUUCUCGAGUUCGCAACCAGUUUGAAUGACCGAGACAGAGGCGGAGCCAUAAAAACCAACGCUUAUGACGAUAAGGUCCAUGGACGCGGAUGGGACCUCGACGAGUCAGAGCGCAAGAACAUGAUGAAAAAGGCCCUUUGGGAUCUGGUUACAACUGGAAAUGAAAGUAAGGUAAGGACGGAUGUCUCAACUGUAGAUGAUAUUCAUCAUCGUCGCUUGAACUUCAUCGACAGCCUGGAUGAACUACUCCAAGCCGAACUGUCCGUUGUGAUUUGGUUAUGUCCUCGUAUCCCAAAGGAUCAUACUAGAAGAGGAUUAGGCAUCAAGAUCAGAGCAUCGCUAGAUGAGGAGACAGGUGUAGGUGGUCUAAGUGAGGUACCUGAUUUCGGUAUGCGCUUUACAUCAUAUGCUUACAGCCUAGGGCGGCAGGGCCCUAGAGUUCUGUCAAGUUUUGAAAGAAAGAGAGGAAGAAAAAUUCGGCAAAAUGCUGUCCCACACCUGGCAUUAUUGGUACUGAGAGAUGAUGCGCCCCUCAUCUCUUUCCAAUUUCCUCCAGACAGCCCGUUCUGGUGUUCAAACCUGUAA